CGCGCCGCGCGUCACCGCCGCCGCCCGCCCGCGCCGAGCCGCGCAGCGCCCAGCCGAGCCGAGCCGAGCCGAGCCGAGCCGAGCCGAGCCGAGCCGAGCCGAGCCGCGGCGGGACGGGACAGGACGGGACGGGACGGGACGGGACGGGACGGGGCGCACCGGGACGGCGCCCGCACCGCCGCGAUGCAGAUGGUCUUCUUCUUCUCGGACAAGGUGGUGCUGCUCUUUGACUUCUGGAACGUCCAUAGCCCCGGAGGGAUGGUGCUCUCGGUGCUGGUCAUCCUGCUGCUCUCCGUGCUCUAUGAAACUGUGAAGAUUGGCAAGGCCAAGGUGCUGCGCCGGGCGAUCCUGGCCAUCCCGCGCAGCCUCAGCCAGGAGUCCUUGGCGGAGCAGGACGAGGGGUCCAGCGACUCCAGCCGCACGCAGCACGGCACCACGCAGGGCAGGUGGUUUCUGUACCACGUCAGCCAGACGCUGCUCCACGUGAUACAGGUGGUGGUGGGUUACAUGGUGAUGCUGGCUGUCAUGUCCUACAACGCCUGGAUCUUCCUCGGGGUGAUCGUGGGCUCCGUGCUUGGUUACUUCGUGGUGUUCCCACUGCUGAACGUGGGCUAGACGGGCUGGGAGCCGUCCCCACGCCACCGCGGUGGGGAGGCAGCCCUUCUGCUGAGAACAUGGCCGAGGACGCUGGAGGACUUGCUCAAGGCCUCCACCGCAGCAAGUGAGCCGAGGUCAAGAGGAAAUGCAACGUCAUGUCUUCUACUUUUCUUAAAUAGCUGCUGUCACUUCUGCUGGGUCUGUCCUUGUCCCCUUGCUGUGCAGAACAGCAACCCAAGGACCUCCUGCUGCGACCCUUGCUCCCGGCAGGACUGAGGUGGGGAGGGAGGCUCAAGGGGAGAAGAAUCCCAGCUGAACUGCCUGCCACUGCUCUGCUGCACUGCCACGCUCCCUCCCCACCACCCACGCUGUCCUCAGCCAUGUGGCUGUCCCCAUCUCGGGGACCUUUAGCUGUGGGACAGAGGGAGCAGCUCGGGGUGCAGGUUGAGUGGAGUCGAGCUGGGGGAGCUGGGCAUCACCCUGCCCACCCUCUUCUGAGGGAGUUUGGUUCUGGUUGGCUCUUGGAUGCUCAGUUUAUCUUUAAAAGAUGCUCAGGGAAGGAGAAGCUUUGGGAAGAGGCAAGAGAGGGGAUAUGGCAUGCCACCAUCCCCCUGCACAAAGUGGUCCUGCCGCCAACCCCCUUCACACUGUGCCUUUUGGGGUCCUGGAGAACAAGCCAUGCGCAAGCAGGCCCAGAUGCACAUAGCACUGCGGGCAGAGAGAUGGGUGGACCCCGACUCACCUCUGCACCUCCUUUUUAGCACUUCAGGGAUUUGGUCAAUGUAGCCGAAGAUGAGCUGCCGUCGCUGGUGCGUGCGCCUGCACCGACGCAUUCAGCAUGGCGAUGCCGAUGCAACAGACUGCUGCUGGGUGCCUCUUGCUUCUUUCUAGAGACGCCCGUUUUAAUAAAAGCACCUCGACACUUUG